GGGGCGUUGCCAUGGUGAGCACAACCUAUUCGCUUUUUCUUCCCCCCGCUCCGCAGGUUGUGGCCUUAGGAGGCUCGUGCUGGUGGAUGACAGCUGUAAACAAGCUCCGGUGAAGCUCGCGCGCAAGAGAAAAGGAAGAGCAGCUCAAAAUGGCGAAGGGUAGGGCCGCGGCCCAUUGUGGUCUGUUUCUGAUGAGCUUGUGGCUGUGUAUCCAGUCGGUGCCGAUCGGUUUGGACAAGACCAAAGAAGAGCCUAAAGUAGAGGAGCUGGGGUCACCACAGAGUGCCGAGACCGGGCUGCACUACGACCGCUACCUCAGGGAAGUCAUCGAGUACCUCGAGAAAGACUCCCACUUCAAAGAAAAGCUCAAAAACACCAGCAUGGAUGACAUCAAGAAGGGCAGACUUUCCAAAGAGCUGGACUUUGUCCACCACAAUCUACGGACCAAGCUGGACGAGCUGAAGAGGGAAGAGAUGGGCCGGCUGCGGAUGCUCAUCAAAGCCAAACACGACAUCCAGGAGGGGAACGGCCGGAGAGUGGACCACCAGGCCCUGCUGAGGCAGUUCGAGCACCUCAGCCACCUGAAUCCCAGCACCUUCGAGGUGGAGGACCUGAACAGCCUCAUCCAAUCGGCGACCAAAGACCUGGAGAACUUCGACAAGGACCGCCACGAGGAGUUCAAGAACUACGAGAUGAUGAAGGCGCACGAGAGGAAGGAACGCCUGAACACCAUGAAUGAGGAGCAGCGCUUGACGGAGGAGCAGCACUACGAGGAGAUGAGGAAGAAACACGCCGAACACCCCAAAGUGAACCACCCUGGCAGCGAAGACCAGCUGAAGGAGGUGUGGCAGGAUACGGACGGUAUGGACCCAGACCAGUUUGAUCCCAAGACCUUCUUCAGAAUGCACGACGGCAACGGAGAUGGCUUCCUCGACGAAAACGAGCUAGAAGCUCUCUUCACUAAAGAGCUGGAGAAGGUUUACAACCCAGAAAAUGAAGAAGACGACAUGUUUGAGAUGGAGGAAGAGCGGCUGCGAAUGAGACAGCACGUCAUGAGCGAGGUGGACACCAACACAGACCGGCUGGUGUCGCUGAGCGAGUUCAUGGCUGCCACUCAGAAUCAGGAGUUCUUGGAAAAAGACGAGUGGGAGACUCUAGAUCAUAAACCCGCUUACACCGAGGAGGAGCUGAGAGAGUACGAAAGCCACCUGGUCAACGAGGAGAACGACAUCAACAAGAAGUCGGAGGAGCUGCUGAGACAGAGGGAGGAGCUGGAGAGGAAGCAGGAAGAACUCAACGUUCAGAAGAUCGGGCUGCAGCAGGCGGUAGAAGAAAUGGAGAAGAUAAAAUCUGCGGCCCAAGAGCCGGGGGCCGCUGUAGCCGCGGGUGAACCCGCACCAGUUGCACCAGUACACGGUCAACCGCUGCCCACUGGUCACCAGCAGCAAGACGUGCCGGGAAGACACUCUUAGCCGACCCUCGGCGCUCUGUGUGAAUGCCGGCGUGCGUGUUUUGCCUUGUAAUGAUUCCAAUUUCCCCAUUUUUUUUUCUCUGUUCAAAACGCCCAUUUAUUAGAUAUUAAAAAGGCACAUAUAUAUACGAACAAUCCGGCUCCAGUGCUCCGUGUGGGCUGCAUGAAUGAGAAAUGUGGAGGCGGUCCAGUGUUCUUUUUUUUAUUUUUUAUAAACAAUCAACCCUUUUUGUUUUUGUUUAUUUUGGGCCUUUCAUCACAGCAAGGACUCGGAUCUCCACGGGAAGUGAAACAGGGGGGUGGGGGAGGGGUGAUGGCCUGAAAAGUGAAUGUUUUGUUUAGUGCACACUGUGGUUUAUUGACAUACUGUCUCCUAGAGGACAUUCUUAGAAAGAUAUGCAUUUUCAUCCAAUAAACUGAGCUGAAUAUUUUCUUAAAGAUGAACGUCGGACACCUGGCGUCACGUCGUGCUGCUAGAAAACAUUCUGGAUCCAUAAAAUGUUCUUUCUUUAAUAACUUCUCAUGUGAUCGUGUUGGUUUGAAACAUGCUACCAAUCAAUAUUUGGUUCUCCAAUACAUCUCAACUGUUUUAUAAAAGCUCUUAGGAGUCCACGCUGAAACAGUUACACACAAUUAUCUCUCCAGACGUUUUUAUUUAAUUUAUAAAUAGAGAAUUUCCUCUGACUUAUUAUUUUUUUUUGUGAGUUUUAUACACAAAAUGCAUAUAUCUUUAGGAUCAAAUGAUUGAAUAACAUUACGUUUACAGAUUGAAGUUCCAUAAUUAUAUAUUUAAAAUAGUUUUAUGUAUUAUAAUUGCAUUGGUGACAAUUGUGUGAAUUCCAAAGUUGCUUAUAUGUGUGCAGAGACUUUGUGUUUUGUUUUUGUUUCUCAUAAUAUAAUCUUUUUUUUUUUUUAUUUAUAUUUAUUUUCUACGCCACUGUAAAUGAAACCGCAGCAGGUCGAGACGGGGAAACAUAAAUGCCAACUUAAAACUUGAUUUAUAUAUUAAUAAAAACAAAUCAGCGAUAGAGUAAUGAGGCUGAUAUUAUAUGAUAUGUUCCUUUUCAAAGAGCAGUUCAAUCUGUGUGAGGAAUUCAUGAAACUGUUGAACAAGGCUUGAAUGUGGACAAUAAAAUGAAUGAGCUUGCA